AUGGCGGCUGAUACUGCGGUCACUUCUAGCCCGGAGGAAACCCUGGCAUCGCUAGUAAAAGAAGCUGAAGCUCUCAAACAGAAAUUAGAAGAAGAACGACAAAAGCUUAACGACGUUACAUUAUCGUGUGUAGCAGAGCGCCUGGAGCCCAUAACUAUCAGCAAUCUCAAAGUACGACGCAUUCUGAAAGGACACCAGGCCAAGGUGCUGUGCUGCGACUGGUCACCAGAUAAGCGGCACAUUGUUUCAUCUUCACAGGAUGGAAAACUAAUUGUGUGGGAUGCCUUCACAACAAGUAAAGAGCUCACUAUCUCUAUGCCAAGCACCUGGGUGAUGGCAUGUGCGUAUGCCCCAUCAGGGAACAUGCUAGCAGCAGGGGGCUUAGACAACAAGGUGACUGUGUUUCCCCUGGGCGGUACUGCUGGUGAGGAAGAUGGCGCAACGCGUAAACGAACUGUGGCGACUCAUACAUCUUACAUGUCAUGCUGCCUCUUCCCCAAUACAGACCGACAGAUGCUAACUGGCAGUGGUGAUGGCACGUGUGCUUUGUGGGAUAUUGAAUCAGGGCAGCUAUUACAGAGCUUUCAAGGACACAGUGCAGAUGUGAUGUCUCUGGACUUGGCUCCAAGUGAAAUGGGCGACACCUUUGUAUCUGGAGGUUGUGACCGUGGUGUCCUCGUGUGGGACAUGCGCUCCGGUCAUGCUGUCCAGGCGUUCGACACUCAUCUCUCGGACGUGAACAGCGUUCGUUUCCACCCAGCUGGUGACGCUGUAGCCAGUGGCUCAGACGAUUCCACGUGUCGCCUCUUCGAUUUGAGGGCGGAUCGGGAGAUAGCGCGUUAUUCAAAGGAGAGCAUCAUCUUUGGGGCUAAUGCAGUGGAAUGGUCUGUCAGUGGCAGGCUUCUGUUUGCGGGGUAUGGGGACUAUACAGCGUGCGCUUGGGACGCACUAAGAGCUACGCGCCUAGCGCUCCUGCCCGGACAUGAGCAUCGUUUGUCUGCGUUGCGGCUGGCCCCGGACGGGACAGCUCUGGCUACCGCCUCGUGGGAUGCUACUCUUAGGAUUUGGGCAUAA